CCCUGGCCACCCGCCUGAGCGCCCUCUCCGGACCGCAGAGCCAUGGCCUCCCCUCGCCUGCUCGCGCUGCUGCUGCUCCUCGUGGGCGCCCUUGACGCCGCCGCUGCCGAGUCGAUCCGAGAGACCGAGGUCAUCAACCCCCAGGACCUCCUAGAAGGCCGAUACUUCUCCGGAGACCUACCGGAUGACGAGGAUGUUGGGGGGCCGGGGCAGGAACCUGAUGACUUUGAGUGGUCUGGCUCUGGAGAUCUGGAGGGCCCAGAGGACAAGCAUAUGCUCCCGGAAGUGACGCACCCCUUGGUGCCUCUAGACAACCACAUCCCUGAGAAGACUGGACCCGGGGGCCGGGUCCCCACCGAACCCAAGGAACUGGAGGAGAAUGAGGUCAUCCCCAAGAGGAUGUCCCCCUUUGAUGGGGACGAGGAUGUGUCCAACAAGGUGUCCAUGUCCAGCACAGCCCAGGGCAGCAACAUCUUCGAGAGGACAGAGGUUCUGUCAGCUCUGAUUGUGGGCGGCAUCGUGGGCAUCCUCUUUGCUGUUUUCCUGGUCCUGCUGCUGGUGUAUCGGAUGAAGAAGAAGGACGAGGGCAGCUACGACCUGGGCAAGAAACCCAUCUACAAAAAAGCCCCCACCAAUGAGUUCUACGCCUGAAGCUUCCUCACCUGCACCUGCUUGGACUUUGGGGGUGGGGGGUGGGGAUGCUGAAGGAUCGUGAAGGGUGGACCUGAGGGGAGGGGGAGGGCAACCCAGUACUGACCUCUCAGCACCCCCGGCUCUGAUUCCGGCUUCCGUGUCCGAAGAGAGCUCACCUUCUACUGUUCCUGCCUUGCCUGUCUUUGAUUCGCUGGGCCUCCAUUGUCCCAGUGGAAAAACGGGGUUACACUUGGCCUUUCUCAAGGCACGCUUGGAGUUGGAUCGUUUCUUAAACUUCCAGUUUAGAAUCCAGCCCCAGCUUGGAGCCUAUACUGAACAGUGUAGCCUUUCUAAAGGUCUUUCUAAGCUAUAUGAAUCCUGCUGGAGAUACCCCACCCCCAUCCCCCAUCAGCCUGUCCCUCUGCCAGCAGCUGGACAGCAGCUGGGAGAAGGAAUCAGAACCAUCUGUCUGCACCUUGAGAGGCGUCUGCCAAAGGGCACCUGCGACCACACACGGGGCUCUCUGGUCCACCUGGGGCCAUUCUAGCCUCUUUCGAGUGACUUUUGGAAAUCAACUUUUUUUUUUUCGUUUGGGGAGGGUGAGGAGAAGAAUUGAAGGUUCAUCCUGAAACCGACUUAUGGAAUACCUGUAAGUCUGUUUUUCAUGGGGUAUUUUUUUUUUUUUUUUUAAUGGUCCAUGGCUUUGUACAGAGCCUCUCUCCCUGGGCACGAGUGCUCAGAAGCCCAGGCCGUCUCCACACCCUUGCACCUUUCCACAAUACCUGCUAAGUUUGUAUUUAAUGGUUUUUGUUUUUGUUACUUAAAAUGAGAGAAGAGUCAGAAGUAUAAUUUUUAUUAAUUUUUUUUUUUUUUUUUACUAUUUAUACCUUCAGAUAAGGGCCUCUUUCCCUCUUGUUUCUUUUCCUUUAAAUCCCCACCCCCCUUUUUUUAAUGAUACGCCCCUGCUCAUGUCCUUGGCCCUUUCUGAAGCUACUUCCUCUAAGAAGCUUUUGCUGAAAUAUAGUUUUCUAGCAGAUUCCCAAAAUACAAUGUAGGGGAUGGUGGGAUAUUUGUGUCUCUUUUCAUGUAAUAUAUUAUUAUUCUUCCUUGGUUCUAGACAAAUAGAUAAAUAUAUUUUUUCAGGAAAUAGUGUGAUAUGAUACUCCCGUUUGAAGUUGGGUGGGUGAUGGAGUGAGUGCAUUUUUGUGUGGCUGAGUGGAGUUUUGGCCCCCUUCUCUUCGUCCCGUUCCUGGUGCCUUCUGAGCGGGCUGGAGAACCUUCUCUCUAGCUUUUGCUUUGAGCCCAGCUGGGGUUCCUUCCUUCGCUGUCUCCAAAUGGAAGAGAACAUUGGAGAGAGAGCUGCCCUCUGCAGUAGGGCAGCCGCUAGCCACAUGCGGUGAGUGGAAUCAAUUAAAAUUACACGGAGUUGAGUGUUCUUUCCUCAGUUACACUAACCACAUUUCAAGGGCUCAGCGGCCGUGUGUGGCUGGUGGCUGCUUCUGUACCAGAUACGCCCAGGAGGGCCCCGUGGGCAUCUGUGGGACAGCGCAGCUAGAGAACUAAACUGGUUCAACAAGUCACAGCCCCCAUCUUGGCUGGGGUGACCUUUGUCUCCCUGGACAAAGGGGAAUGGGGGAGGGCUGAUCAGGCCCUGGCUCUGGGGCCUGAUGAGCCUUCCCCUCCAGGGAGGAGAGGCCUGGCGGCUUAACCUGGGCAGGCUGCCUCUCCUGACCCCAUUGGCUGGGGUCAGGGGGUGGGGUCACCCUCGCUUCCUUCACCUUUCACCCCCACCACCCCGGGUCCCAGCUGGCUGGGUCCUCUUCCCCCCCUCCCAUGUCCCUUCCCUCCAGCCAUGUUGGGAGCAAGCACCUCACACUCUUGUCUGUUACUGAUUUUUUGAUAAAAAGAUAAUAAAACCUGGUACUUUCUAGA